AUGUCCCGUGUGCCAUUUGGUGCCCAUGGGGGCUUCAGUGCCCGCUCUGCUUGCUCUGCCAGGGCAGGGAACUGGGGUAGAAGUGGCACCCGGGGAGGAAAGACAUCUGGGGGCUUCAGCAGCAGAAGCUUCUGCUCCAUGGGAGAGGCCAGGGGCAUCUCUGGCAGAGGAAGGAGAAGCUGGGGGUCAGGGGGCAGAUUUGGGGCAAAAUUUGGGCAGGGAGGGGUCGGGGCUGGCCUUUGUCCCCCUGGAGGCAUCCGGGAGGUCACCAUCAAUCAGGAUCUCCUGAGUCCUCUCAAGAUUGAGAUUGACCCUCAGUUCCAAAGUGUCCGGGCUCAGGAAACCCAGCAGAUCAGAGCCCUCAACGACCAGUUUGCCUCCUUCAUCGACAAGGUUCGGUUUUUGGAGCAGCAGAACAAAGUGUUGGAGACCAAGUGGCAGCUUUUGCAGGACCAGAAGGAGGGGAUGGGCGGUCCCCUCCAAAGCAUGGAGCCUGUCUUUGAGGCCUAUAUAGCCAGGCUGAGGGGGCGACUAGAGAAACUCCAACGGGAGCAUGGGUCACUGGCCUUGGAGCUGAAGACUUGUCAGGAGCAGGAGGAGGAAUAUAAAACCAAGUAUGACCAAGAGACUCACAAACGUCCCACAGCUGAGAAUGACCUCGUGGUUCUCAAGAAGGAUGCAGAUGGUGUUUUCAUGAGCAAGGUGGAACUAGAAAGCAAGGCAGAUGCUCUUCGAGAAAAGAUCGACUUUUUGAAACGUCUGUUUGAGGAAGAGCUCAGUCAGAUCCAGACUCACGUCGAUGGCACCUCCGUGGUUGUUUCCAUGGACAAUAACCGAUACCUGGACCUGCGUAGCAUCAUUUCAGAGAUUCGAGCCCAGUAUGAUCUUAUUACUCAGAAGAGCAAGGCAGAGGCUGAAGCCAUGUACCAGACUAAGUAUCAGGAACUUCAAAUUUCUGCCAAGAAACAUGGAGACAGCGUAAGAGACACCAAGAUCCAGAUCAGUGAGCUGACGCAAGCAAUUCAGAAACUUCAAAAUCAGAUUGAGAAUGUCAAGAAGCAGAAUACCACAAUCCAGUCUGCUGUCACCGAUGCUGAACAACGAGGAGAACAGGCCCUUAAGGAUGCCCAAGUCAAGGUGGUGGACUUAGAGGCUGCACUUAAGAAAGCUAAGCAAAACAUGGCAAGUCUGCUCCGAGACUACCAGGAGCUGAUAAGCACCAAACUGGCCCUGGAUGUGGAAAUAGCCACCUAUAGGAGACUGCUGGAGGUCGAGGAGUGCAGAAUGUCUGGUGAAUACGUUGACAGUGUCAGCAUCUCUGUGGUUGGUGGAGGUACCACUAGCUCUGGAGGAUGUGGGAACUCAGGGUUCAACUGCUCCAGUGUUGUUGUUGGAGGCUCCCACUCAGCCGGAGGCUCCCACUUCGCCAAAGGUUCCGGUUCUGGCUCCAUCUCUGCCUCUGGUUCCGGCUUCUCGAGAUCCAGUACAGGUUCUGUCACUGGCACCAUCUUGAAGAAGACAACCAUGUCAACUUUGAAGACUAUCACCUAUUGA